GUCAUACUCUUCGCCUGGGAUGUGCGCAAAUCAUUUAAAUGAAAAAGGAAGUCUAAUUCCUGGACUAUCUAAUUGUUUAGACGCGACUAAGACACUAGUUAUUGUUUAAAUAAAGUCUGUCCCUUAGUUUCCAAGCAGUUGGGUGGCCAGCGGUUAAGCCAAAAUAAUGUUUUCCCCCAAACACGGCGCCGCUUGGCUCUUUUUUCCGCUACUGUUGAUUGUGGGCCCAACUACGGCCAGACCAGAGCUGGGAGAUCAACUGGCAGCAGUUCCCGAGGACACCAGCUUCAUCCCAUCGGCAGCUCCAGAGCCUGCGGAGGUAAUCCCCGCCAGCAGCUCUGAGAACUCGGGCAUCCCCACCACAGAGAGCAGUGUGGUUGCUCCAACGGCAGCGGUUACCAGCCAUCCGAGCAGCACCAGUACCACCACUAGCACCUCUACUAGUAGUAGUACCUCCUCGACCACCACUAGCACGACUAGCUCCACCUCCACGACUCCCGCAGUGCCAGAACCACCUGCUGCUCCCGAACAGCCCGAGUAUCUGAAGCACUGUUUCUACGCGGAGGAGUCGUUGUGCCAGGAAAGCAACAGCCUGGAGGAUGAGGCCCGUCCGGAUGACGAGCAGGCAGCGGAGCAGGCCCAGAACUCCCUCAACACCUGCCACUGCAAGGAGCAUCCCUUUAAGCCCAACUCCUGGUACUGCUGCAACAUCACCCAAAUGACCAUGAUCUCCAGCUGCUCCACCAAGUCCAAAUGGAUCAACUUGCAUGUCCGCAACAUGACCCUGGAGACUGUGGACUUUUCCAAUCCCAUCUUCCGAUCCCUCCAGUCGCUGGCCAUCACCGACGGCAAUAUAACGCGUCUGCUGGGCGCCUUCCCUCGGAUGUCGGCCCUCAAAUGCCUCAACAUCUCCAACAACAACAUCACCGACAUACCCGCCAGGGCGGUGAAGGAUGUGCCCCAUCUGGAGUUCUUUGGGAUGUCACACAACAAUCUCUCAGUGGUGCCGCAUCGGAAUCAGAACAAGAACAUUACCCUGGACAUCAGUGGCAAUAUGCGGAUGCUGUGCAAUCCUCUGAAUGAACUGAUCUACAACGAGUCCAUAAACUUUGUGAAUCCCGAGCAUUCCUACUGUCAGUACAACGCCACACGCCAGUGGUUCCAAUCCACCGAUAAGGUCUCUGUGGAGCAGCUGGAGAACCGUAAACGUUGCCUGACCAACUGUCCCAAUAUACCGAAUCAUGGAAGCUGCCGGUGCAAGCUGGAGAACAUCAUGAUCAUCCAGGACAAUCAGUCGAAGCCGCAGUGCCACGUGGACUGCUCGAAUAUGAACCUGGUGGAGCUGCCGCAGCGCCUGCCGGACAACACCUUUGUGCUGAAUAUCACCAACAACCGGAUCACCAGCCUGGGCGAUCACUUCCAGACCAAUCCCACCUACCACAACAUCAACCGACUGGUGGCCGACAACAAUCAGAUCUCGUCGAUGUACGAAUUCGAGGGCACCAAGUUCAUCGAGACCUUCCAGCGCAUCUACAUGCGGAACAACUCGUUGAGCAAGAUACCGGAAUACUUCCUCAACAAUGCCCUGAUGGACUCGGGGCUGGGGCGACGCAUCUACUUGGCGGGCAAUCACCUCCAGUGCGACUGCAACUCGGCCAAGACGCUCCAAAACUGGCUGAAGGAGCGCAGCUCGGACAUACCCGACUACAUGGAGAUCCGGUGCCGGAACACAGCCCAGAGUGUAAUCGAACUGCAGGAGGCCAAGCUCUGUCAAUCCCCGCCAGACUGGACGGACUACAUCUACUAUCUGAUAGCAGCCGAGGUGAUCCUUCUGCUGGCCUUGAUCGCCAAGGUCUCCUACGACUAUUGGGUCUUCAAGACAGCCGGGUAUCUACCCUGGCCGGCCAGCAAGAUGCCCAAGUUGCCUUGCGAUUGGCUUUGCGAAUCUUAAAGAUUCUUCCGAAACCGACAGAGAUGGGUAGAGUCAAGAGAGUGAGAGAUAGUUGACAUGACAGAAGGCAUUAUCCUUCUAAUAUCCUCCGUUAGCGGAUCAAUGUGCCUUUUCAACACGAUUUUUGUUGUUUUUAGUCGUUUAGGAUUAAGAGCCAAAUGCAUAUACAUAUAUAUAUAUUGUUUUUGAUGUUGUGGGUGCAUCUGGAAAUAUACAGACUUGAUUUUAUUUAGGUAGACAAUGUACGAUUCUAAUUAUAUAGAUGUGUAAUACUAUGUGUUUAUGAUGACAAUUUUUUUUUUAAACUAUAAACUAUUAAAAGAAACU